GUUCAAGUUGCCAUAGCUGCGAGUCUGGAGAGUGCAGAGUCGGUUGCGCCGCAGCGUCAGGUCAGUUGCACCUUCUGGGUCGCUGGCGGCCGUGGGAGCCGGGAGGGGCCUCGGCGAUGAUCCGGCUUUAAGGACUUAGGGUCCUUUUCUAUCUCAGGUGAUUUGGGGAAGGUGUAGGGCAACCAAAGAUCGUCUACUUGACUAGGCCUUUUGCCCUGAACCUCAUGAAGAAAUGAUAGGAGGCAGACAUAUGUGCCAAAGAAGAGCACUGAGCUCAGAGGAGAACAACACGGAGUUUUGGGGGUGUGUUUUAAUUGUGUACAUCAAUGGCAGAAUCCUCCAGCGAUUCAGAACACUUUCGCUCUCGUGACCGAUUGAGUCGAUGGACUGCCAGGUCAACAUACAGGGAAAGUCUAAGUCGUCCUACAGUAGGCGUCACCGAGAAGGUCAACACUAUAACGAGUACUUUACAGGACACCAGUCGGAACCUGCGACAAGUAGACCAGAUGCUUGGACAGUAUCGAGAAUAUAGUAAUGGACAGGCGGGUGCUAUAGAACAUUUAAAAGAAAGCUUGGAACAAUCAAUAGGCCAAUUGCAGAGUCAGCGUUUAUUGAGAAACUCAGGAGGGAGAAGUAUUUCUGUUACAAGUCUGAGUGCAAGUGACCUCGAUGGUGGCACUGUGACAGAGAGCUACCGUUUUCCACCUACCUCACCUCUCAAGGACUAUGGGGAUCAUCAGGGGAGUAAACGAAUUAAGUCCAGAACUGGUGUCCGAUUUGUUCGGGAGACUGACGACAUGGGCCAGUUUCAUGCUUUUCAUCAGUCCCUCCGAGACCUCAGCAGUGAACAAGUUCGGCUUGGAGAUGAUUUCAAUCGGGAAUUUGCCAGAAGAAGCCGGUCGGAUGCUGAAACAAAAAGGGCUUUGGAAGAAUUAGCUGAAAAACUUAAUGAAACCCAAAAGCAAGAAGUGGUUUCAGAUCGGGUGGAACGACGGCUUCAGGAAAUAGAGAGAGAGAUGCGCACAGAAAGGGAGCUGGUGGAAAGACGGCAGGAUCAACUGGGACUUAUUUCUUUGCAGCUACAGGAGGCACUGAAGAAACAAGAAGCUAAAGCAGAUGAAAAUGAGGGAGCCAUGAAAAAUAAGCUAAGACAGACUGAAACUGAGAAGAGUCAACUUGAACAAGAAUUGGAGCUAUCUCGAAGGUUAUUGAAUCAGUCGGAAGGCAGCAGAGAAACACUUCUGCAUCAGGUAGAAGAGCUCCGUACACAACUUUUGAAAGCAGAAGGUGAUCGAAAGGGUUUACAGUAUCAAGUGUCUCAGAUUUCCAAGCAACAAUCAAACCAUCAAGAUGAACAAGGAGAUGACUGGAGAUUUAGGAGAGGGGUUGAGCGGGAAAAAGAGAAUCUGGAGAAGCAGAUGUCAGAUUUGAGGGUGCAGCUGAACUUCAGUGCAAUGGCAUCUGAGUUAGAGGAAGCGAAGCGGUGCAUGGAGCGAAAAGACCAGGAGAAGGCACAUUUUGCAGCGCAAGUAGAGAAUUUAACACGUGAAUUGGAGAACAGGGAAAAGCAGCAACUACAGAUGUUGGAUCAACUUAAGGAGAUCCAGAAUCACUUUGAGACUUGUGAUGCCAAACAUAAGCGCGCUGACCUUCAGAUCUCAGAGCUGACUCACCAUGCUGAGGAUGCCACCAAACAGGCCGAGCAGUACCUUCUCGAGUUCCAGCAGUCAGAGGCCCUGAGACAGGCAGCGGAGAAGAGGAGAGAAGAGCUGAAGACGAAAGCUCAGGAGUCCAUUAGACAGUGGAAGCUUAAGCAUAAGAAAAUAGAGCGAGCACUGGAGAAGCAGUCUGAAACUCUUGAGCAACUGACAGACAAGAAUAAUCAGAUUCUAAAAGAAAAGGAUGAAUUGAAAAGCCAGCUUUAUGCAGCGUUGCAACAGAUAGAGAAUCUUCGAAAGGAAUUGAAUGACGUCUUAACCAAGCAUGCCCUUCAAGAGGAGGAACUUCACUGUAAGGAGCAGAAACUAAGUGAUAUUAAGGCUCAUCAAGCUGACCUUGAACUAGAAGUCAAGGAUUCCCUGGACACUAUCCAUAGGCUGGAAAGUGAAUUGAAGAAGCAGAGUAAGAUUCAAAGCCAGGUGAAAGUUGAGAAAGCUCACCUGGAAGAAGAAAUUGCAGAGCUAAAAAAGGGCCAGGCCAAGGACAAAGCUCAACUUCUUGAGAUGCAAGAGGCUGUCAAGGACUUGAGUGCCAUCCGGGCCGAUCUUGCUAAUAAACUGGCUGAGGAACAGAAAGCCAGGAAAGAGGUGCUUAAGACCCUUGCUGACCUCAAGACACAGGCGAAAUCUAGAGAUGAAGAAACAGCUACAAUCGUUACACAGUUAAAGCUAGAACGAGACGUUCACCAGAGGGAGCUGGAAGAUCUCACAUCGUCAUUGCAGAGUGUGAAAACUAAACACGAGCAGAACAUCCAGGAGCUGAUGAAGCACUUCAAGAAGGAAAAGAGUGAGGCUGAGAAUCAUAUUAGGACACUGAAGGCAGAAAGCAUAGAAGAUAAGAAUACGGCUAAAGUCCAUCGUUGUCAGCUAGAGAAGUUGAAAUCACAGUGUGACAGGCUGACAGAGGAAUUAAGCCAGAAUGAACAGGAGAACAAAAAACUGAAGCUAAAAUAUCAGAGUUUGAAGGACCAGCUAGAAGAAAAGGAAAAGCAUAUAAGCAAUGAAGAAGAGUACUUAAGGAGGAUGGAAGAGGCCAGAUUGCAGCUCAAAGAUCAACUUCUUUGCCUGGAGACUGAACAGGAAUCCAUUCUUGGUGUCAUAGGAAAAGAAAUUGAUGCAGCUUGUAAAACCUUCUCCAGGGACUCGAUGGAGAAAUUGAAAGUUUUUUCAUCUGGUCCUGAUAUUAAUUAUGACCCACAUCGCUGGUUAGCAGAAAGCAAGACUAAACUUAAGUGGCUCUGUGAGGAACUGAAGGAGAGAGAAAACAGAGAGAGGAGUCUGCGGCACGAGCUGAUGCUGUGCAGACAACAGCUGAGGAGUAUGACCGAAAACAAGGAAUCUGAGCUCCAGUGUCUCUUCGAACAGAUAGAAAGACAAGAGCAGCUUCUGGAAGAAAUACAACAAGAGAAGAGAGAUCUCCUGGAGGAGACCCACAGAAAAGAUGAAGAAAUGGAAUCUCUGCAGCCAAAGCAACUGUUUAAAAUUCCAUCUUGGGAAGAUGCUAGUCAGACUGCAAUGAAAAAUCAGAAUGAAGCUCAAUUUGAAGAAAAAGCAGACCGUGUAAAUGCAUUAGAAACGGAAAAAAAAAAGAAGCCUUUCAACAAUAUGGCCAGUAAAGAAUAAAAUAUUUAUUUUGUGAGUGUGAGGUGGAGAGAUGCUAAUGGGGCACAUUUUAGUCCUGUGUAAGCAAGUGAUUUUGAUUGACAGUGUCCAGACCCUAGUGGGUAAAUAAUCUAUUCCUUAGAUUUAACUGGGCCAUUUGGAAAUUACACUGACCUUCUCAGUUUCAGUAUGAUGACAUUGUAGGUGAAUAAAAUGUUUAGUGUUCUUCCACAUAUAUUUUACUUACCCUUAGGAAGUGUCUUGCCAACAGGAUUUGGCUUGUGAAUUAAACGCUCUUUUUAAAAAUAUGAACAAAAAUAGAAAUUUUGAGUGUGAGGACUUGAGUUCAGCAUAUAAAAUGCCGCUUAUACAACAUUUAGCAAAUCACUUGUUUCUUGAUUCCCUCAUCUGUAAAAAUAAAGAUAACAAUAAUUAAACUUAUUUUACCAAGUUGUGAGAAUUAAGAGAGAAAAUAUAUAUGAACAUGUUUAGGGCCAAACAAAUGUUAGGUUAUCGUUAUGUGAUUGCUUAUUAUUUCUUAUUUAAUCAUUUUCAUUACACCAAUAUGCCAUGAAAACUUAAAAUCAUACAAGCAGAAACCAAAACCUAUAAAUUUUAUUAGUAUUUGUUAGUCUUUUUAAUUUAUCAAUCUCUUUACUAAAAGCACUAUGGAGUAUGAUCUUAAUAAGUACCUAUUCUAAGCAUUCCUUUAGGAAUAAAGGUAAAAAUAAAAAGUCAUCAUGAGAAAAAUAAAAUCGAUUAAAUGGACAAGGUUUUUUACAGUGGCAGUUUUCUCAAGAUGGUUUUAAUUUGAAAUAAUUAUCAUAAGUAAAGCCAUAAAAAUGAAAAUGCUCAGUAAUAAUGUUAAUGCUCAAAUAUUAUGAAGUCCUUUGACUUCAUAUGGCAUUAUAAGCAGCAGAUUUAAUACACUUGGUAGACUAUUCAACUGGUAAAGUGUUUUAUAGUUCAUAAAAUCAAAUAUGCUGAAAGUAAUCUCAAGAUCGUUUAUUAUUCUCUCACAACUCAGCACUUAAACCGUAGAAAAGAAUUGGUGGUCUACAUUUGGUUGGGUUGGUAUUAAUAUAAGAUAUUGGAUGUAGGGUGUAUGUUCUGGUAAUACAAAUAUGCAAAAGUUCAAAACUUCAUUGUUUCAUUAGGAGAUUUUAAAGGUUCAGUAGUUAUAAUAGCUGAAAAUGAGAUGGUCUUUUCAUCAUAAUGAGCAACUUGAGUUGACUUGUCCCCAGUGAUCUAAAUACUUAUGUCAGGAUCAUGUGUCUGUUUUUCCUCCUCUUCCUCAACUUUUCCCUCUCCUUCUUCACUAGCAUGUAAGCUUCUUGGGUUAGAAAUUACUUUUUACUUGCAAAUGCAACCCAGGGCCUAUCAAACAUUCCUGAUAUAUACUGGACAAUCAGUAAACAUUUGUAGAAUGGAUGUCAAACUGAACAUAUGUGACACUCACAUAAGGAUAUGCGGGUUUACACAGAACCAGUCCCAAUAGUUGAAGAAAAAAGUUCCCCGGAAGCAAAUCAAUUUAUUAUUUUCCCCUAGCCUUUUUGGUUAGGUUUAAACUUUAUUUGAUGUUUCACAAAAGUUCUUAGGAUCUUCAUUAAAGUUUAAUGUGAAUUUUUUAGUAAUGAACCAACUCUUAACCAAAAUAUAACAGGCUAAUACCCCAAAUAAAGCUAAGUAAUUACCUAAAAAACAAAUCUUGAUGGAGAGCCCCAGUUGAUGGGUCAUGGAUGAGACAUAGCAGUGGAUAUUUAUUGGGUACUAUAUAAGGCACUGUGUUGACAAUGGAAGAGAAAAGGAAAAACUAUAAUCAGUUCUCCAAAGGAAUUUGUACUUGAAUUGAGAAGUUACUUACAUGUAAAUAAAUUAAUGAUGUAAGAUAAAGAUACAUUGUCUAUAUUACAUGAAGGAAACACAAUGCAUUUUGUUGGAGCUUUUAUAAAGAAAAAAAAAUCUUAAAGAAAAAUUAUAAAAUAAGACAUCAUGGUCCAGGUUCUAGGAAAACCAUGGAUUUUGUACUUUGAGGACAUGAUGGAGGAGAUUAGAUUCAUCUCUGAAAGUGGAGAAUCAGGGUCAGGCAGAAAGAGCCAGAGAAGGCAUUUAUGUUGGGGCUGUAAUUAAACUUUGAAGAUAGUAAGAAACCAAAGGGUUUGUUAAAAGACAAUUUUACCAAAAAAGUAAAAUUAUGAAAUCAUGACUCUUCUACAAAUAUGAAAUGAAAUCAUGGCAAAUGAGUUUAUUUAACUCUUUAGUUAAUGAGAGAAUGAAUAAAAUGUUACUGAGGCUUAAAGGAGAAAAGAACCACAUAUAGGUAGGCACUAGAGUUCUGGCAUGCAUUUAAAUUAGAUGCAAAACUGGUUUCUUCCAUUGUGGAGGAAGGAAAUAAGUUGAAACUCCCCCAGACAACAUUUAUUUGCAAGUCUAUGAACAAGACUCAUUUGCAUUGCUAUCAGUUGUCUACAACACAGAGAGUUAAAGUGGUAGCACAGCUAUUUAUUCAUUUUUAUUUAGCUUUUAUUUUGAGCAUAAAAUCUUCGUUAAUGUUUUAUUUAUUUUUGAGAGAGUGCAAGCAAAGUUGGGGCGGAGAGAGGGUCACAGAGGAUCUGA